AUGGUAAAACAGAGCCCAGGGGAGGAAACGCAAAACCUGUUGCUGCUACUGAGGAGAAACAGUGAACAGGUGCUCCAUAGUGUCACAAACCUCCACGACCUUCUGGCCUCCCUACAGGCGGUGGUGGUCCAACAGGACACCUUCAUCGAGGACCAGCGGCAGGCCCUGUCCGAGCGCCCGUCCUCCUCGGCGUCCUGCUCCUCGUCCUCCGCCUCCUCGCGGCCGUCGUCGCGGCCCAACUCGCUGAUCGAGCAGGAGCGCCAGCGCAGCCUGGAGAAGCAGCGGCAGGAGGUGGCGACGCUCCAGCGGCAGCAGGCGGCGCACGCCGAGGAGCGCAGGAGGCGCGAGCGGCAGUGGGAGGCGCGCGAGAGCCAGCUGGAGGAGCGCGAGGCCGCCACUCGGGCGCGCGAGGACGAGCUCCACCGCAGGAGGCGCGAGCUGGAGCAGGCCAGGCUGGACCUCCAGGCCCGCAAGGAGGACUACCAGAGGGACCUGGAGCGGCUCAGGGACGGCCAGAGGAGGCUGGACAGGGACCGUGACAACCUCCGCAGGGAGCUGGAGACGCUCGAGCAGCUCAAACAGGAGAAGCGCAUGCAGCGGACCCCCUCCAGCACGUCCGAGGACUCCCUGCAGUUCCUGAGUGGGGGGGGCAGCUCUCUGGACCUCCCCGAGGGCGGAGACUCCGACCUCCCCAGGAAGAACUCCCUGUCCCGCGCGGAGGCCAAGCCCAAGGGGCGCACGCUGAACCCCUUCAGCAUGAACUCGGGGGGGUCGCGGGGGGCAGAGCGGCGAGGGCCACAACCAGAUGCCCAACCGCCUGCUCCAGCUCACCAAGAGCAAGGACAAGAAGGACAAGAAGAAGAAGAAGAGCAAGCACCCACUGGCGCCAGACUCCCAGCUGCUCCCCUUGACAGAGCCCACCACUGAUGGGGAGAUCUACUUUUGCUGAUGUCCCCCUGUGCCCUACAACUGCCCCCACACUGCCCCGCCACCAGCCACAGCAGGACGGACCCCCUGUACUUCACCUCUCUAUUACCCCAUGCGUAUCCCCUCUGAGGGGGUAAAGUGAGGGAGAGUGGAAGGUACCUCCAGGGAUGUUGCCCUUUGCAGUCGUGGCCCGACCUCUCACCCAUCUCAUCGACCACAUCCUGGAAGUCUACGCACAACCAGAAACACACACACUCACGCCCCACUGUGUCUGUGUGUGUGUGUGUGUGUGUGUGUGUGUUUAGAGCUGAUAGAGGCUGGCGGGUUUGUUCUCCUGCUCUGUGGUCAGAGCUUGAGUUCUCAAGCUCUGUGCCAAAUAAUCAGGCGUGGGCCAGGCUGUUUAAGAUUCGAAAACUAGAUAAUUAUGAAUAACAGCCUGAUCAUUUCAGCCACAGAAAAUGUCUUUGCUUAAAGCCCUGUAUGGUUAUCUUCAGCCCACAUCUGGCCCUGAUGCAGCCCUGGUCUCAGCCACAUCUGCCCCAGAACUCCUAUCUGGGACACAGCUUGCUGGCUGAUUCGGCACCCGCUCACCCGUGUCGUCAAGGAACUAAUAAACCCGCAAAAAGCAAAGCAAACAAACAAACGCAACAAACAGAGCAACAGAGCGGACUUCAGUGCUUCAGACUUCAGUGCUGUGUUUAAGAUGCAGUGUGUGAUGUGGGACUGAGCAGGCGUUCCCUGACUCAGCGGCUUGGACAGCGCGCCCAAGAGAUGCUCCGCUUUCCCCCAGAACCUCCCCACUCCCCUUCACACACACACACACACACACACACACACACACACACACACACACACACAUCCAGCGUUUGAUGCUCCUACAGUCAUUUCAAUUGAUGUGAUAAUGCUGAAUAGUUCAAAAACUUGUGCACUGCAGAUGACGUGCGUUUCACAGUGUGUUCAAAGUCAGCUCUUCUGUUCUUUUCCGUUCUGUCAUCAGUGUUGCACUACAUGCCAAUAAGUAAUCACAUUAUGGUCACCGUCGUCCUCGUGAUGCCCGUGUCUCUUCAUGUUGCGUAUAGCCUCACGUUCCUGUGCCCCAUGCACCUAUGUUCCCUAUGUAGACUUUAAUGCCACUUACUGUACCUACCUGAAUUUGCACCGCUGAUUGCAAAAUACAUUACGUUGUACGAGGAUAGCUGCCGCUGAUUCCGACUCAGUCUAACUCAAUCUAAUUUUUAAUCAGCUCAUUUCAGCCGAAAUGGUUUCAUGCCUGGGAGCACUUUAAACAGCCACUUAUUACUUGUGAAGAUGUUCUCAUCUUCACACGGGCAGAGAGAUGAUCUAGUUUACUCCCACAGAUUAAUCAAAGGGAUUACGGACUGAUAAUCAGCCAGGGAAUCCCAGAAGGAUUUCUUAGACUGUGUUAGCAGCCUACCUUACAUUUGACUUCCCUGCAGUGUUUUGGGAGUAACUUUUGAUAAAUGACUUUGAUCCCUUGACUUGUAAUCACAUACAGUAAAUGAACUACAGGUAAGCCAAGGGCUUUCACACGAAAAUGAAUAGAUGCCCUCUUCAUAAUUACACCAAGGAAAGAGGAAAAAAUGAACCAUUUGGGUGAUUUCUGAGAGCAGGGCUGAACCUGUACAGUAUAUAGAGAGGUACAUUAUUGAUGACUCUACCUGCAGGUCAGGUAUUCCCCCGAUAGCGGCCAACUAUAGAAGCAGAACCAGGCCGGAUGCGGGCCAGUUCUAGUACAGAGUCCGCCAUCUGAUCUGUACCACUAAUGCAAGAACCUCAGAAUGUUCUUUACGCCACAGCACCCAUAUGCUGAGGCAUUUCACCUUUAUUUGGUUAGAGAUUAUACUAGACCCCUCACUCCUUCACCCUAUUCAAAGCUUUCUAACGUCCUGAGCAGUUAACGUCUCUCUCUCUCUCUCACUAACCGUCGUUGUUGUUGUUGUGUUGUUUUUCUUUAUCCAUGACGACAAUGUUGUGAGUGGACGGGGCUUUGAUCCCGAGAGGAAAAGACUGUUCUGGAAAGCCCCAGAGUUCCUGUCCCCAGAGGGAGACGCUUGUCCUUUUGUGUUCCCCCACCAGGGGGCAGUGGUGAGCCCCAUAUGUCUCAUGUGAUUUGUGUCCCCCCCCCUCCCCCUCCCCCUCCCCCUGGCGUCUGACUGAAGUUUGAGCCACUGUUGACCAUCCUCUUCAGGUGGUUUCAGUACUGAAACAUCUGCAUCGUCCCGAUAAGCAGACCGCCACAAUGACCAGAGACUUCACAAGAAUACUGUACUUUGAAAAAUAUAGACAUAUACUGUAUUUCAUGUAUAUGUGAGCAAUCAUAAGUUUGGCCUUUGCUUACAGGAGUUUUCUGUAGGAGACAAAUCAAGUCAGAUCAACUCAAAUCAAUAGUUUUCUUUCGUAGAGUGCUCAUGUUAGUGGUAUUCUGUGGAGUCUGUCAAAAAGGAUUUAAAUGUAAUAGCCUUAAAAACAGAAAAUAAAGAAUGCACUAAAGUCAAUCCAGCAUUUUCUCAGGAGGUCUUUGGUAAAAAAAAAAAAUUAAAAACUGUAGCCUCCCCCUGCUUUGACAGCAAGGAGUUAUUUUUAUGAAAGUACAAUUUCAUUUUAUUUGUUUGUUUCCUUGCCGAUUAAUGUAUAAAAAGGGCAGAAACUAAAUGUAAAAUGUACAUAUGAACUGUGUAUAAAUUUUAAUGUAAAAGUAUGAUUUUGUUUGUUUGUUUGUUUUGUUUGUGAUUGACAUCAAUAUUUUGUAAUGAGGCUUAUUUAUCGAUGAUCCCCAUGGUUUGAAUGCUAAAAAUGUACAGUUAUAUUUCGCUCAUAUUAAAAACAUUAUGAUGCAAAAAGA